AUGACAGUACUAAUGAUACCGAAAACCAAAGUGAUUUUAAGAGGUAUUGAAGAACUGCAAAUUGAACCAAAUGUAAAUGUUCAAACGGACCCGACAGAUACCAAUAAUGUUGAUAUGUCACUUGUUCCUAGCAAUAUACCCAUAUCUAAUGUGUUUGAUGUUUUAAAUAAUGUAAAUAUUAAACAUUUAGUUACUCCAGAUCUUCAAUCUACAAAUUAUGACAUAAACGACCCGAUGGACAGCAAUAAUGUUGAUAUGUCACUUGUUCCUAGUACAUCUAAUGUGUUUGAUGAUUUAAAUAAUAUUACAAUUAAGAAUUCUGUUACUCCAGAUCUUCAAUCUAUAAAUUAUGACAUAAACAGUGAUUUUCUUCUUCAAAAUCUUAUAAAUGAAAAUUCUAAUAAUUUGAUGGAAAUUAUUGGUGAUAUUGAUGAUGGUACUAAUAUAUUUAAUAAUCCUGAUACUAACAUGAUGGAUAUUGAUGAUAAAUGA